CGGGUAUUUCGGGCGGGCGCGGCCUUCAGCGGUCAUUUAAACAGCCCCAACAGCCUAACCGCGGCUGCGGGCGCGUGUUUCGACAACUGCCAGCACCACUGCGACUCGCGCGCAGCACAGCAAGGCUGCCCCGCCGCGUGCACAACUCUGCCACCUAGCUCUCCCAGAGUGAUGUCGUCGGCGAAGAGCAAAUCUCGCCACGGCACCCUCACAGGCGUGUUCAAUGGCGCCUUCGGCGGCGUUACUACUGGCGACGUUCUUCUAACACCUUCUGGCAAGGUCAACAUAACCAUCAACGGCAUCAAGCUGCAGGCCUGGAAACGAGCGAAGGAGACUAUCGAAGCAGCAGUAAGGCGUGAGAUCGCGGAGUAUCUGGACACGAAGUUCGAGCGGCUGGUGAUGGAGAGCGAGAGCGACGAGAGCGAAUCUGAGGAUGAGGUCGCGCCCUUACCCGCGGCACAGCCUGUCCUUACAACUCCACGAUUGCGCAACACAGACAAGAAGUACUCGCCCACAAAGACCUUGAGACCUGGAGAGCUGAAGCGCCUGCAGGGAGGGCAGGCAACUGGUCGUCGUCGCACUGGAAGCCCAAAAGCUGUGUCGAUGACGCCGGACACGCUGACAGACCUCUGCCACGCCAUCCUGCCGCCCGACCAGUUCGAGGUGCUCGAGCCGACGCUCAAGAAGUCCAUCGAUAUGUUAGGCGCCACCGUGGAGACGGUCGACGAGAUGGGCUACGACAGGUGCAGCUCCGCGUCGAAUCUCGACGCGCCUUCUAACCGAGCGCUUCAUCGAAGAGGCAGCACGCCAUCAACGCGACGCGGCCAUCGACGCGAUCCCGCGCUGUCGAGACGACUUCGCCCGCGCAGGCGGCGUACCCUUGCGCGCGUCGUCGUGCCGCUCAUCCUACGUGUUCUAGAGAUCGCCAAGGCUGGAACGUCGGACCGAGGCGGCGUUUAUCGUCUAAUUGCCGCUGACCGCGCGAUCCAGUCCUUCGUGCUCGAGGAGGACGCGCCGCGCAACGAGGCCCCUCCUGUACUCAUCGCGAUCGCGGACGCGUACCGCAUCGCGAUGAAGACCAAGGACAACAAGUCGGCACUCCAGCUGCUGUCGCUGCUCGCGCCCUACAUGCUCGACAACGACAUCAUCGAUCUGUGCAGCGACAACGUCGACAUCAGGCCUGGUGUGCACGUCCGCGUGCUUAAGCCAGGCGGCCGGGGCCACCAGUACCGACGCGCAGUGAUCCUGUCGGGCAACGCCGAGGACGGCUUCAAGAUCCAGUACUACGAGUCGAGCGAAGCGGUCCAGAAGGCUCGUUUUGCGACGAAGGCCCAGGGCGCCGCUGCCGUCGCCGCCGACGGCGACGCGACGCAACUCGAAACGGAGGACAACGUCCCUCGUGACCGCAUCAAGGUCAGCGACGCCGUCUACUGCACGAGACGCCAGUGCUGGCUCGCUCGAAUCCAUGCUGCACGGCAUUACCCUGGUGCUUUACCUGUCAACGAGACGUGGACGCGAACGCGUCUCUAUGGGAAGCGUGCGGAAAUGCUCGCACGUGCUCUUCGACCAGGUGGUGGGGAGAUAGUCCUCGCCGACGCCUCGAACAGGAACGCCGCGAGGGGCGUCAAAUACCUCCGUACCGACACACGAAAAGCGCUGUGGCGUCGUCUCGUACCAGCACCGCCACGCGUCCGCGCGGGUCGACCGAAGGCGGCGUAAAAAUUGACACGCAGGCGGAGAACUGUUGCUGUACGUACUGCCGAGACCUGGGCUUCCAAGCCUUCGACGAGCUGAGGGAAAUCGUCCAAGAUCUGGACGACGCGCACACGCGCGCACACGUCAGCGACACGAGCGUUCCUCGCCUGCCUCACGGCCUUCUCGACGUGCUUACAGAGCGUUCGAAAGCGCUGGAACGAUUCAUGAAGUACGACUUCGCCCGGAAGCUGAAAACGGCUUCCCCCAAUCCACGGCUUUGUAUUACCUUUGCCCUCACUACAGCUAAUGAUAAAAGCUUCUCCAAGGAGUGUACACACGGCCGGAGUGACGAUACCGUCGGCGAGAUGCCGGCGGACUUCUCUGCCGUUUGCGGCGGGCCGCCGAAAAUGUCCAACUGGAACGACGACUGCUGCCUGGGCGUUCACUCAAAUUGCAGGAGGGAGGCAGGGCAAGUCAUGCUCUGCAACGACUGUAAUCUUGUGGCGUGCAAGCAGUGCAUAGGGUGUACUACAAAUGAUUGGUCGAAAGACGACGAGGCAGUGAUUGCCUUCUCCCAGAUCCGUGCCACCAUGGGCGACGCGGACGAGCUCCGGAUCUUAGAGCACGGCCACACGGAGGCCGGCGAAGGAAAGUGCGUCGUGGAUAUGAAUUGUGGCCAGUCGAAGCAGGACUUGAGUCGAGAUCGCGACCAGGGACAUGACCAUGAGUGUGCCGACGAGAUCUUUUCUGGGCUCGAGCGCCGCUCGAACCUGUGUGGAAAUCAACUAGUGAGUCGCAUCGACGGAUCUCCGACGGAUUUCCUCGCAGGCCCGCGCGCUGGCGAUGUCAACGUCGUGAUGGCCAUCGACCGGACGAAGGAGCAAGAGAAGAAAGCUCCACCUCUUCCACGCGUCCAUAACUACGCGCACUGCACCUUCAACGUCGAUGGGAGCAUCACCUGUCGUGAAUGCUUCGGUUUGGGCCGAGGCCUCACGUACACCGAGGCGCAGCUCGCGAUACACGACCAGCACAAGGUCGAAGAUGCAAUCGCCACUGCAACGAUGGAGUCCGACGCGGUCGUCCCGAAGACCCAGCUGUCACAUGCGCAAAAAAGCGAGGAACGUGCGGCGAAGAGGCGGAAGAAGUCGGCGCGACUCGACCACGCGGACGCGCGGCGUGCCGCUGACGCGGCGGCUGUAGCUCUGGAGCAAGGCGAGGACGUAACGCACGAGUGUGGCGCGUGCAAGCGGCGGUUCAUGACGUCGGGUGGUCUUCUGAAGCACGCGGCGACAUGUGCUGGAAAGAGGCGCUCGAGUCGUCGCGGAGUGCACGAGCUCAUGUCAGACCUAGCUGUCGAGCAGGACGCGGACCUGGAGCGCGAGCGGCGCGAGCUGGCGCGUGUCGAGGUCGACCUGCCCGUUGAGACAAGCGGCCUUUCGUUUACGGAAGAUGUGGUGUCCGAGGUGAGCGGCGCGGCCGCCGCGUCGCUGAAGGUGGGCAAGGGCUACGUCCUCCGGAGGGUCGGCUCGACGGACGUGGGCAACGACGCCGGGCAGGCCGUCGCCACCGCGUGCGCAGCUGCCCGAGGAGACACGAUCACAUACGUACUGGAACGGCCGGCGCCACCGCUACCGCCUCACGGCUGGGCGCGGAAGGCGCUCCGAACAACGAGUAGACCACGGUACACGGUCGAGCAGAAGGCCUUCCUGGACAAGCACUUCGAAUCUGGAUUGAAGGGCGGCGAGCGCAUGCGGGACAAGAAGGUGUGGAAGCUCAUGAAAGCUGAGUUCGGGCGGCGCGUUGGCGAAAACGAUAAGUCCCUCGUCCUCAAGCAGUCCCAGAUCCGAGGCUACUUCUCGCGUCGGGCGGCGGCGCUCAAGGGCAGCGCCGUGGCCAAAUUUUUAGAGGAUGGAGAUGCUGCUGGAGACGGCGGCGACGGUGGUGAUGACUAUUCCAAGUACAAGGUUAGCGAGCUGCGGGAGUUCCUGGUCCGUCGAGGGCUCGAUUCGGACGGCUUGAAGCAGGCAUUGGUCGAUCGACUGCGCGAGCACGACGGCACGGCCUGAAUUUUGAUGUCGCGGCGGGACGGGACGGCGCGGCGGCUCGUCACGGGUAGUCUGUGACUAACCACACUACUCCAUUA